AUGUCGCGUGCCGAUCGCAUGACAUCCCCGACAAUCAUUUACGACAGCGAGCGGAGCUACUUCGCCGCCCGCCCGCACCCCGCGCCCUCCACCCCCGCGCGCCGGCGCUCCCGCCACCUCGACUACGGCACCAACCCGACGCGCCGCGACUCGCUCCUUCCCCCCGAUGUGCAUGCCAUUCUUGAGGCGAAGCGCCGGCGCACUUGCGGCAGCUUGUGUGGGCUGCGCACGCGCGGCGUGCGGGUUGCGCUCAUGUGUGUCGCUGUGCUCAUGAGUGCUGUGCAGGCCAACGGGGUGUAUUGCUGGCCGACUUACGGCCCUAUCGUCCAGCAACGGCUCGGACUCAGCACCACCGAGGCGCAGACAAUCGUCGUCGGAGGGAUCCUCGGUGUCUACCUCUGCGCGGCGCCGAUGGGCGCGCUUGUCGAUCGCCACGGGCCGCGCGCUGGCUCGCUCAUGAGCGCCUUGGUCGCAGCGACUGGAUACUGCUCCUUCGCAGCCAUCGUCCAGCUCGACGAGGGCGAAGGCGCCGCGCCCGGCACCUACCUCCUCCUCACCGCCUCCUUCUUCCUCGUCGGUGCCGCGACCGUCGGCAGCUACUUUGCGGCCCUGACCACCGCGUCACUCAGCUUCCCGUCGCACCCGACACUGUCGCUCUCCCUCCCGCUGGCAUGCAUGGGCCUGUCAUCGCUCUUCCUCUCCUCGUUCUCCUCGAUCCCCGUCUUCCAGGUUGGCGGGGAGCUCGACCCCGUGCGCUACCUCACCUUCCUCGGCCUCCUGUCCGCCGCCGUAAAUCUCUUCGCCGCCGUCUUCAUGCGCGUCAUCCCCCCCGACCCGCCGGUGCUGCACGACGACGUAGACACUGACAGCGAAGACGGCUGGGACCACGCGUACAACGACUACGCGGACCUCUCCGCCUCGCUGCACCUGGACGAGCGCAGCCCCCUGCUUAUCGGUGGUCCUGAGGCUGCGCGCGAAGACGUCGAAGCGCAGGAGCUUGGCAAGGCCUCGCGCUGGACGGCCCUCGGUCUGCUCCGCAACCCCGGCUUCUGGGCCUUCGGUGCCGUCAUGACCGGCUGCAUCGGGCCCUCGGAGACCGUCAUGGCAACGUUCGGGAACAUCGUCACCGCCCUCCUUCCGCCCGAAGCACUAUUCGGCCUCUCGGCCCUUCGCCAGGCCGCCGCCCAAACCCUCCACCUCUUUGACCCCGCGGCACUAACAUUCAAGGCAACAGACCAAGCGCUCUCGCUGCGCAACAAACACGUCUUCAUCCUCUCCAUCUCGUCCACGCUCUCGCGCCUCGUCACCGGCGUGCUCGCGGACCACCUCGCACCGGCUGCCGUCGCCGUACCCGCGCCGCACAGCGACGACCCCGACGCGCCCACGCACUACUUCGUCCAGAAGAAGCCGGUGAUCAUGCACCGCUCGAUGUUCGCGGCGAUCUGCGCAGCCCUCCUCGCCCUCGUCUUUGCAUGGGCCGCCGCGUGGCUCGCGGCAGAACCCGCGCUUUGGGUGCUCAGCUUUGGCGUCGGUGCGCUCUACGGCGCCCUCUUUACCCUCAGCCCCGCCAUCGUCUCCACCCACUUCGGGGCCACGAGCUUUGGUCUUUCGUGGGGCAUGAUCUCCUAUUUCCCCGCCCUUGGCAGCGCCAUCUUCUCCUACCUCUACGCAUUCCUUGCCAGCCCCGACCGCAGCACGAAGCAGAGCGUCGUCGAUGCUACCGUGUGCUAUGGCCGCGGAUGCUUUAACGCGAGCUUCUGGGUCGCCGCCGGCGGAUGUGCCGCUUCGGCAAUCGGGCUCGCGUACAUCGGCCGGAGGUGGAAGGUGUAGACACCGUGUAGAAGCCACCGUGUAGAAGUAACAUAUACCCGUCGCGAUUCAGGCGCGAGCUAUAGUCCAGCUCCGCCCAUCAAGUUCCAGCUCCAAUCAAUCUCCAAGCUCCCGCCAACCAACCUCACGACCAUCUGCACAUAUGCAAAUCUCCGCUGUACUACAUUGCGCCAUAAAUUCAUUAGCAUGAUAUGCACUCUACUGCCUCUACACUUG